CGCGACCAUAUGGUUUUCGCGCCAAAAGUCGUGUUGUGACAAGCGAGGCAGGAAGACGCACGCAGGAGAUUCACGAGGACGAUUUUCUCCGCUUUUUCUCUCGAUUUGUCGCUUGAUUCGCCACCAUGAGCGGCCUCAGCAACGGCGUGAUCGUGGAUAUUACCAAUGGGGCUCACCCAGAAGACCCCAUUGUGCAGAUCUUGUCUAUGAAACGGAUGCCAAAUGGUGCCCAGGAGCGCUUCCGCAUCUUGCUCUCCGAUGGCAAAUGGUCAAGCAGUUUUGCCAUGUUGGCCACGCAGCUCAAUAGCAAAGUGGCAAGUGGAGAGAUUGCGAACAACUGCGUCAUCAAAAUGAACAGAUAUGUUUGCAACACUGUCCAGAACAAUAAGAAGGUGUUGAUCAUUCUUGACCUGACUGUAGUGCAAACAGCUGAGGAAGUUGGAGGCAAGAUUGGAGAGCCAGUAAUGUUUGAUCCUAAUAAGAAUCCGCAACAGGAGGCUGCCCCUGCGCCAAGAGUGACACCUUUAGCUGCCCAGACUGGUAAUGCUGCCCAACGCAAUCCUUUAGCCCAGCGCAAUGUUCCAAACGCAAGUGCGUCACCGGCUCGAACUCCUGCUGGGGGUAAUGUUCACCCUAUCAGCUUGCUUACACCCUACCAGAACAAGUGGACCAUCCGCGCUCGUGUCACUCACAAGUCUGACCUGCGCACUUGGUCAAACUCUCGUGGUGAAGGAAAGCUCUUCUCAAUGGACCUGUUGGAUGAGUCUGGAGAAAUCAGGGCUACAGCUUUCAAUGAACAGGUGGACAAGUUCAUGGAUAUGAUUGAGGUUGACAAGGUGUAUUUCAUCAGUGGAUGCACACUCAAAACAGCCAACAAACAGUACUCCAACCUCAAUAAUGAUUAUGAGAUGACGUUCAACAAGAUGACAGAGGUCACUCCCUGCCAUGAAGCCAGCGACAUUCCUACCAUGCAGUUCAAUUUUGUCCCACUGGACCAGCUGGAGUCUUUGGAGAAAGACACCAUCCUUGAUAUUAUUGGUGUGUGCAAGGAAGCUAUGGAUGUAGCCUCUAUUACCUCAAAAGCUUCUGGCAAAGAAUUACGGAAGAGAGAUGUGCAGGUGGUUGAUGACACAAAUAGAGAGGUACGCCUUACCCUUUGGGGACGUCAGGCAGAGAACUUUGAUGGAACACAGCAACCUGUGUUGGCUGUGAAGGGCGCAAAGCUGUCAGAUUUCAAUGGACGUUCUUUGUCUUUGCUGUCUUCAUCAACAUUGCAGAUCAACCCAGAUAUUCGUGAAGCCCACAAAUUGAAGGGAUGGUUUGACAAUGGAGGCAACACAGCAGAAACAGUCAACCUUUCCAAUCAGCGUGGUGGUGGUUCAGCAGGCAUGGGCUCCAACUUCAAGACCUUUGGUGAAGCUAAGCUCGAGAACUUGGGCAGUGGAGAUCAAGCAGAUUAUUACACCACGAAGGCUUCUGUUGUGUUGAUACGCAAGGAGAACUGUCUCUAUUCAGCAUGCCCUUCAGAUGGCUGUAACAAGAAGGUGGUCGAUAUGAACAACGGCCUUUACAGAUGCGAAAAGUGCAACCGUGAAUAUGACAGCUUCAACUGGAGGCUAAUGUUGUCUGCCAACCUUGCAGAUAUAUCGGACAAUCAGUGGGUGACAGUUUUCCAAGAUCAGGCUGAGAUGCUCCUUGGAACAACCAGCUCAGAAUUAGGCUUCAUGAGAGAGAAUAGCCCAGAUAAAUUCCAGAACAUUUUCACAGACGCUGCUUUCAAGAACUUUUCCUUCAAGCUUCGUGUCAAAAUGGAGACUUACAAUGAUGAGAGCAGACUGAAGACAACAGUAGUAGCCUGCAGCCCCCUUGAACCAAAAGAGUACAAUCGUCGCCUUAUCUCAGAAAUUAAACAGAUGGCAGGACAAUCCUAAUUUUCUUUUUCUCCACUUCAAACAUGUCAUUAUUUUGAGAAGGAAUUGAUAAUGAGACCUGACUUCUGUCAGUUCUAGAAUGUUUUUUGUGAAAGAAAGAGUAUUAAAUAUGUUAAAUAAAAGUUAUGUAUCUAGUAUUUUGUAUUUUACUUUUGGUACUUAGCUUAAUAGAAAGGCAAGUUUUACUGUGAAAAUGUCCAGUGAAUAAUAAGAAUUAUAACCAUAUGUAAUUAACCUUUAACAUUCUUAUUCAAUAUGUAGAUAAUAAGAAGUGUUUAAGUAUCCAUAUUAUAUUUCGUCUUUUUUCUUGAUUUCUUUAUACACAUGACCCAGUUCUUGUUAGUAUAUGUAUAUAAUCAUUACUAUAUGUAUUUUCUUUUGAUAACCAAGGACAUUGCAUUGUAUUAGUUUUACUAUGGUUAUCGUUUUUACAUCUUGGGCUAUGGAUCUUUAAAAUCGGCAUUUUUUUUAUGUGUAAAUGAAUAUAUGUGUAUGUUUA